AAUUUGAAUGAUUUCAGCAUGAUUCUUUUAACGACUUGUAUGCGCCGCAAAUAUUUUAAAGAAACAAUAUUGAGAAAAGAAAGAAAAAAAGAGAGAGGAAAAGAAAGAGAGAGAGAACUUAAAACAUAUUCUCUUAUAUUCGACAGUUUGAAUAUGGUAAAGUUUACAAAUAAAAGAUUGACGAGAUCGCGAUACAAUCGGCUUUUCAAAUGAAGCUUCGGCCAUCUUCGGUGCUCACCGACACACUUCGUGCCAGUUCGACUUGUGCCCGGUUUGCCCGGAGCCAGUGGGAGUCCAGGACUCCAGUCGUCGUCGUGCGCUCGUAUGGUUCACGUUGAAUUUACGUCGAUUCAGUGAGUCUCAACUUUCGCGCAAACAUUAUAAUCAGCGAUAUUAAAAUCUAAUUGUACGGAUAGAAUCCAAUUAUCGUCAAUUAUUUGUUCAUCACUAAAGAAAUAUGUGCAGAGAAUUUAGAUUAUUACUUUUAAGUGGCUUCCUGCUAGUGUUCUCCAGCAAUCUCGCUACGGCAACUAUUUCCGCGGAAAAUACAUCCGAUUUCGAGACAGUCCAUACGAGCAACGCGGCUAUCCUAAACCGACUCGGGCUUGCGCCUCUUCAAAUACCCGACGGUCAUCACAAGAAGCGGUUAGCUGGGCCUGAACCACCGGGACUUAGCUCGCAAACGCGUAUACAUCAACCUUACAGUCGUCGUCACGGUCACCGCGACAGUCACAUUUACAUCGUGAAGCUUCCGGCUAGUCCUCCGUACUACACUAUUACGAAGCCUCACAAAUCCGUCAACGAUGAUAAAGUGACCAAGACUGGUCCGAGUUUUCCGGUGGGUUUUCAAGGAAACGGUAAACCUGCCAAGAUUUAUCAUUGGAAUUUACCGGUCGUCAAAAAAGUGACGGAGAAAAAGCGUCUCCAACUGAAUCAAUUAAUGGAUCAGGCGAGGAAGAGACUGGACGAUACGAAGAAACGGCAGAAAACGUCCUCCACGAAAAUUAUAAUGAAUAAAUUUUAUUCUUUCGAUACGAUCGGCAAGAAUAACGAAUAUCAUGUUGGCGAUGAUAAGCUUCAUUCUUACCAAAGGCCACUAACGACAAAACACGUCAGAAAUAACGACAAAAGGCUUACCUAUCCAGACAACAAUAUCAAAUUCAAAUUGACAGAGAAGAAUAGUGACGACUCUGGCAACAAGUUGUAUAGACUGGACGAUUUAAACGUACAUAGGAUCCAUCUCACCAAUGAUUUCCACGGCUCGAAAAACACUGUGCCGAAGAUGAAGAAGCAUCGAAAGAAAGCUGCCAUGUCAUAUUAUGCGCCAAUUUUCACAAAGACGGGUUCUACCAGCAUCCAUAAAAAUUUCCCCGGAAAUGGCAAACCCAAGGCUUUUUACAUUAUGGAAAAAAGUCGCAAACCAGUGUACUAUCAUCCUCUCCUACCUUAAUCCUUGACUCCUCGUGUAAUUGUGCACAAUCAUGUAACGUGUUAAGUGGCCCGUAAGCCUCUGUUAACCUAAGUAGACGUAUAUAAUACUCUGUUUGUAUAGGAUCAGGGGUCGCCGUUCGAAUAGAGACAACGACAAAACGCAGAAGAGAGAAAAAGAAAGAGAGAGAGAAACAGAGACUUUCAGAUUUAUAUCGCAUAUGAUAGUUUUUAUUUAAGGCCACGUGCAUUUUGCUGUCCCAGUUCUGUUAUAGAUGUAUAUCGUUAUCAAUUUUUUUUUUACUUAAAAAAUCUAUCGAUAAGUAAAUAUUACACAAAUGCAAAAGUGUAAAUCUCAUUGUCGUAGUUUGUCGAUAAUUCGUUUUAUAUAUAUAUAUUUAAUUUUAUAUAUACAAUGCUAUAUUGAUAAUUUAAUUCAUUUCACACAUCGCGAAAAAUUGAGAUUGAUAACAUUUACAUUUUUAUUGCUACAUAACUAAAUUUAUGCUUCAAGAGCGACAAGUGAAUGAGCAUAUCAUGUUUUUUUUUUUUUUGGAGUUGUAUUAUAUAUCUAUUGACACAUACACAUACAUAUUAUAUAGAUAUAUAAGUAAUUAUACACACAUAUUGAAUCGUUCGCGUAAAAGUUCGUAAUGAUUUUUAAUUAAUAAUUGAACAUAUCGUAACAUGUCAUGAAGAAAGAGCUAUUUAAUAACAUACAUACAUAUUCUGAGAAGUGAUAUUUUAAUAACACAAAAAUUGUCUAGAUUAACUAAUAAAAAAAGCGUUGUUUUCUUUUAAAGCAAUGCUUAAUCUCAUGUUUUUUUGCAGGAUGCAGCAAAAAUUUGUGCAGCUAGGCUGAAAAAUGUAUUCUACCAUAGAUUGUGCUAGAUGUUUACAAGAUUUAAUAUUCCCCGAUUAUUGUUUAUUUUAAUUUUUGCAGAAUUUUCUUAACAAUAAAAACUUCGAAGCUUGCAAAAUCUAAGAAUUUUUAAGCUGUACUCUAAAAAUGACUACAGGUCGUCAACAAAAACAAUGCAUACGUAAGGAUUAUCUAAAAGAAUAUAUAAAAAAAAUAUGUAAUAUAUAUAUUAUCUUCUAUUCUUUUUUGUAAAAAUUGCUACGAACUUUUCGAAUAAUUCAAUACAAUAAUUAUUUUUUACUUUUGUAUUCUAUAAGAUAUUCUCUCCAAUUAUACGAUCGUUUUUUCUUUCGGUUAUAGGAUAAUCGCGGGUUAUAUUCUCUAUUUUUUCACCACGCAAGCUUUAAACCUUAUCUGAUGCCAAAAGCGAAAAUAUUCAACUUUACAUGUCCCUCGUUCUUAUUUUUAUUCAACUUUAUCGCUAAGCCGCUGGGACAAUUCCUGAAAGAUAAAUAAAUUCGGUUAUUAAGAUCAUAGUUGGUUUCAAACGAUCUUAUAACCGAAGAACACUGCACUGCUAACUUAAAAAGCGCGAUAGUAUUACAUAUUGAGAUUAAUCAAUGUUCCAUGUCCGUUCCACAUUAGAUGACACUAUUUACAUUUGAUAUGAAUAUUGAUUACACUAUUAUUUACUAUAGCGUUUAAAUCAUAUUAUAUAAUAAUUUAGCUUCUUUAUCCAUUUGCUCUUUUAUUUAUAUAAGACUCAUUACAAAAAUGCUAGGAAAUAUUAUAUAUUUCUACUUAUGUAGAUUAGUUCAAACAUGCUACAUGAUGUUGAUCUACUACAAAACUGAGAAGUUAACAUUUUCUCUACAGAGCUUGAGUAUCAAAUAAGUUAGAUUUUAUUCUUGAACGAAUCUCUGAUUAAGCGCAAAGUUUUGCAAUUGAUCGGAUUUUUUCAAACUGCAAGAGAGAGAGAGAGAGAGAAAGAAAUCAGCGAUCGCAUUCCAAAUGUUACUUCCCGCUGAAAGAUCGGCUAUGAUCCUAUAAUCAAAUUCUGUGUCGCUAAGUUAAGUUAAUUAAUUGUUAAUCGCUAAUUAACGCUGUAUAGUAUAUUUUUAUAAGUAUAACACGCGGAUAUACUAUUUCUAUGCGUCCGUCGUUCAUAAUCAUGAUUGAUUGAUAACGUAUAUCGAAUCCUUGAUCAAUAUAACAUGAUUAUAGACGGAUUUUUUAUGAAGACUGGACAAUACAUAUUUUUACGUAAUAUGUAGAUCUACGUGCAUUGACGCGAAAAUCUUUUUAAUUAAAUAUUUUUUUUUCUACGUAUAUUUUUCCGUACAUAUAUCAUAUAAAUCGUAGGUAAGAAUGCUCGAUUGUAAUAAGGUAUUCAAUAUAACGAAUAAAAAUAUUUAUAAUCCUUUGUAUACAGUUUGUAGCGGUGAAUAUUUUUCGAAUACCCAUGUACAUAUAUUUUGUAUUUUUUUAUAUAUGUUUAAUCAAUACAUUAGUGGUUCUUUAAUUGUGGAUAAUAUUCACCGUUAUCGUUAUUUGAUGAAAAAUUCGUAUCUUCUGUCGUGUGCAAAAUGUCAAGUUAUUAAGUAUAUUAUUAAUUUUUAUUUUUUGUAAGGUCAGAUUUACAUUUGAUACUUAAAAAUGAUAGUAUUUCUAACUAUUUUCAAUGUGCUCUAGUAAUUAUAUAUAUUAUAUAUUAGUUCUUCUCGUGAUUUUUUGGCUUGGAAUUUUUUCACAGAUAUUAAAUAGACAAAUCCUCACAAUUCGAGAUAAUUUUACAAACAGAUUAUUUUUCACAUAAACUCUGUGUGAGAUUUUUAAACUCCUUAGUAUUAAUUGAAUUAUAUUAUUUGUGAUAAUAGAAUUUUAUUAAUUAAGAUUUGUAUAAUAAGAUUCUUUUCUGUUCUUAUUUGAAUCAUAGUUUCUUUAAUUAUAAAUUGCGGUGCGCGCAUUAAAGUAUAUUAAUUACGAUUGCGGUAAUUCAACGAAUGUUUUUAUGAUCAUGGCAUGGGAUAAUGAAGUUAGCGAUCAAAUUGCAGCCAUUAAUGAGAACCGGUCUUAUUUCUUUAUUCAUCCUGUUAGCAUAGCAAAGAUCGGAAUUUUUCGCCAAUGCCUAAUCAGGUGUAUAUAAUAUACGUUUAAAAUUAAUAAUUAAUAUACUCUAGCAAUUAUUAUUUUAAAACUUCUAUUUUAUGGGAUUCUUAGUAUUUUUGUAGAUAAUUUUAUUAUUCUUUUCAUAAAACUUGAUUAAUAAGAAAGUUUAUGUGCACAUGAAGAAUAGCAGCAAAUAUAAGAUGAAUGGCUUACUAAUGUUUUAUAUAUAUAUAAUCUAUUAAAUUGCAAUACUCGUUAUAUUUUAGAACCACAAUAAAAACGUGAAUAAGCUUUUGAUCAAUAAGACAGAAACUAAUGAAUCUGCUUAUCUCUGUGUUUAUGGUCCUGUUAGACCGCUUUGUACCUGAAUGAGAACCACUUACAACCCGUUACAACGCAUUUACUUUAAUAUCUGCAAGGAACAGCCGUACUGACGACGAGUUGCUCGCCUCCGAACCACAUUUUUUGGUAAUUGACCAUAUAAAUUUGAAAUACUAAGAAGGACGUCUUUUUUCCGGGCAACUACUUUUACAUUACUCUUGUACCGUUUCACGCGUAACACAAGCAAAAGCAUUUUAUUGCUGAACGAUUACACGGGUAUAUUCAUAUAUAUAUAUACGAAUUUUUUCGUGACCAAAACUCAAUGAUAUUAAACGGAUAAAGCGAGAAUUAUAAACAUCAUUAUGUUGUAUUGCUAAUGUUUUUCUAAGUCUUUUGCGGUAAAAUUAUUAUUGAGCCAUU